CGAGAUUCAACCAGUUGCAAGACUGGCAGAUUCGAGCCACGCUGCCAGCCAUGAAGGGCCGCUAUAUGGCGACGUUGUGCAAUGACCUGUAUGAUUUGAUCUACUGGAGCGCUUUCCUGGCAUCGUUGUGCGGGCAUACACUGACGAUAGCUACCUGUGGUGCCGCUUGGCUCAUGCGAUUCGAUUGCGGGUGGCUGUACGCUGACCAACGACCGGAUGACAUGCGCGGGCUGGAGUCAGUUGCUCCAUGUCCUCGUCAGGGAGUUCACGUGGCUUUUGUGUCGACAUCACCUCAUUGGUGUCACCUUCAGGAGCCAGAGCAGUGGCUGCCUGGGAGUCAUUGGGCGGUGCUUUCCUGCCCUGUUGAUGACCGUGGCGCUUUCAUUUCAUCUUUGCCGAAAUCCUGGUGGAGACAUCAACGUGCUGAGCUCCAAGCCAGCUGAAGCAGCUGAAAACACUGCUGCGGCUUGAGCGCAGGCGCAAAGGAAGGGAUCUAAGAUGAUCUGAGGCAAUUCACCAAGCUGGCUCGUUUGACACCGCCCCUCCCUUAAAAACUAUUAUUCUGGGGUCAGGGUACGUCGC